AUGACAUCCAACAGCGCGUCCAGCAAUUCCAAAACCGAAGAGUACAAAGCUCUAUACCAAGCAUACCUCGAACGCUGCAACGCACACGACUUUGAGGGAAUGAAAACCUUUUACAAAUCCCCAUUAAACGUCAUGGAUAAGCCUUUAGAUCCAGACGACGUAGUCGCCCAGUUCAAGCCUCUGGUGGUAGCAUUCCCAGACUGGAAAUGGCACCUGCGACAUUUGACCAUCGAGGGUGACUAUCUUUCACUACACUUCAAGAUCACAGGGACACAUCAAGGAGAGUUUCGAGGAUAUCAACCGACUGGACGAAAGGUGGAAACUACUGAGUUUACGCUGUAUCAUGUUGUUGAUGGGAAGUUUGCCGAGGUUUGGGAUUUGAUUGACUUUGAGGCUUUGGUUGAGCAGAUCAAGUAG